UUGAAACGGACGUUCGGGUGUUUAUUAAUCAUGACAAGCCCAUUUUUCUUAUAUUGUUUAGUACUAAGUCUUGGUGCAUCGGCUUUAGCGAAACCUAAUGGAGCUAAUGCGACCAAAAGCCUAAAAAUCAUCGACGGAACAGAAGUGGUCCCUCAUUCCAGACCAUACGUGGUAGCCAUUCGAACAACAAUCAACGAUAUUGAGGUAUUAUGUUCCGGAGCUAUAAUCAGCGAUUAUUUAGUAAUAACUGCAGCUACUUGUCUGAACGGGGCUUCGGAGGCCGAAGUAAUUUUAGGCGCUCAUAACAUCACAAAUGGCGCCGAGACUGGCAGAGAAGUCAUCAAAGCAAAUCAGUUUAUUAUUCACGAAAAGUUUGAUACAGUUAAACUUCUCGAUAACAUCGCUUUGAUUCAGCUACCUAAGAAGAUUAGUUUUAAUGCCAACAUUCAAAGCGUGAAGCUUCCCGACGUGACCGAUAUAAUAGACGCGUACAUCGAAAAGGAAGCCACAGCUUUAGGCUGGGGAAGAACCAGCGACACCACGCAAGACACCAGCGACGUGCUGAGGUACCAGAACCUCACCAUCAUUCCGGUGCUAAUGUGCGAGUUGUCCUACGCCUUGAACAUCAGGCCCACCCAGAUAUGCACGACGGGAGUCGAGAGGAAGGGCAUUUGUCGCGGGGACGCGGGCGCUCCGCUGGUUUUGGACGGUGUAUUGAUCGGAAUCGGUUCGUACGGAAGCACCUUGGGCUGUUCCAUCGGUUUUCCCAGCGUGUUCACGAAAAUCUCGAGCUACUUGAGCUGGUUGAUGUUGAGUAAUUGAAUGGUGACGAGAAGGGUGCUUGAAGGUUUUUAUUAAAUUUUAUG